AUGAGUUUGUCCAACAAAAGACGUUUUCCUGGAGACCGUGUCGAACGAGGACGCAAAACUGCAUCUUUGUUCGUGGGUAACCUUCAUCCCGAUGUGUCUGACAGACAGCUGUUAAUUGCCUUCUGCCGGUUUGGUCCCAUAGCCGAAAUGGGAGUGUGCAGAGACAAAGUAACCAAGUGCUCUCUCGGGUAUGGUUAUGUGAACUUCGUAUACCUCGAGCAUGCUGAGAACGCCAUGGAAGCCCUUAGUUCUGAGGUCCUCUUGGGCCAGCAGAUAAAAAUAACUUGGGACCAGAACCACCAGGCUGAGAGAAAUGGCAGAUUUGAGGAUGAGGAAAAGGACAACAAUACCCACAUGGGUAUGAGUCUGUAUGUCUCAAAUCUGGCAUACACCUUGGACAGUGAGCAGCUCCAAAAACUGUUCUCCUCAUUUGGAAAAAUCACCAAUGUUAAGGUAAUGAUGAAGAACGGGCGGAGCCAAGGCUACGGAUUUGUGGCUUUUUCCACACCUGAAGGUGCCAAUAAGGCCUUGUCCAAGAUGAAUGGCCAUGUUGUUGCCAACCGACCAUUGAAGGUCGAACGGUCUCGCCACAUGGAGGGGAAAUACCAAACUGAAGCCCAGGACAGCAGCUCUGAAAAAUCAAUGCAUGUCCUUCGUACCAGACAGCCUGCGCCCUCUCCUGGAAACAUCAUGGCCACUGCUUCACAGGUGACUGAAGCUAUUGAGUUCCCUGAAGCCAUUGAGGCUGCCAACACAUCAGUUGACUCAAGUGAUAUGCCAGCCUUCAAUGGCCUAGACAGUGGAGAACCUUCAGGAGGCUUGCCCAAUACCAAGGUAUGA